UCAUUGUCCAUUACACUCUUAGGACUUUAUAAUUUAUUUGGUUUCACAGCAGCCGUUUAAAGGCAUGAGCACCGUGUUAAUGAGACUGAGACUACAGCCUGUCCGGGUGGUGUCCAGUGUCAGAGAAUGGAGGAGACAUUAUUCUGCUUAUGGUGGAGCACUCGAGCGAGCCAUAGCUGCUUUCCGCUCAGUCAGCGGUGAUGACGGCGUGUCUAUGAGUUUAGCAGUGCGAGAACAGCAUGGAAGAGACGAAUCGAUGCACAGAUGUCGCCCCCCAGAUGUUGUCGUGUUCCCUCGGUCUGUAGAGGAGGUCAGUGCUCUUGCCAAAAUUUGCCACCAUCACAGAUUACCCAUCAUCCCCUUUGGAACGGGAACAGGUUUAGAAGGAGGAGUCAGUGCUGUGAAGGGUGGUGUGUGUUUCAGUCUCAGGAAGAUGGACCAGGUGUUGGAUUUGCACGCAGAGGACUUUGACGUGACGGUGGAGCCUGGUGUCACACGCAAAAUGCUCAAUUCCUACCUGCGUGACACAGGCCUCUGGUUCCCUGUGGACCCCGGUGCUGAUGCGUCUCUUUGCGGAAUGGCGGCCACCAGUGCGUCAGGCACGAACGCUGUGCGCUACGGUACAAUGCGUGAUAACGUCCUCAAUCUGGAGGUGGUGCUGGCAGAUGGGACGAUCAUACACACGGCAGGCAAGGGGCGGCGGCCGAGAAAGACAGCAGCAGGUUAUAACUUAACUAACCUGUUUGUGGGCUCUGAGGGGACGCUGGGAAUCCUGACCAAAGCCACACUUCGUCUCUUUGGCAUUCCGGAGGGCAUGGUGUCGGCCGUCUGCUCCUUCCCAUCGGUUCAGGCAGCCGUGGACAGCACGGUGCAGGUGCUGCAGGCUGGAGUGCCCAUCGCCCGCAUCGAGUUCCUGGAUGAUGUGAUGAUCUCUGCCUGUAACCACUUCAGCUCUCUGUCCUAUCCGGUCCUGCCGACGCUCUUCCUCGAGUUCCAUGGCAGCUCCAGGAGUCUGGAGGAGCAGGUGUCCAUCACAGAGGAGAUCACACGGGAGAACGGUGGCUCUGACUUCGUCUGGGCUGAGGAUGAGGACACACGUGCACAGUUAUGGAAAGCUCGACAUGAUGCCUGGUACGCAGCACUGGCACUGCUACCAGGCUGCAAGGCGUACGCCACAGACGUGUGUGUGCCGAUCUCUCGUCUGCCGCAGGUCAUAGUGGAAACCAAAGACGACCUCAUCAGAAACAAUAUUACAGGUCCGAUCGCAGGUCAUGUUGGAGAUGGGAACUUCCACUGCAUAAUUGUGCUAAACCCUGAUGACCCUGAUGAAGUGAUGAGGGUUCACGAGUUUACGCAUAGACUGGCCAGGAGAGCUCUGUCAGUUGAUGGGACGUGUACAGGAGAACACGGCGUGGGUUUGGGAAAAAGGGCUCUGCUGCGAGAGGAACUCUGCCCUCUGACCAUGGAGGUGAUGCAAGGCAUCAAAGCCACACUGGAUCCCAAAAACCUCAUGAACCCUGGGAAAGUCCUGUAGGUGACCUUUGAGCAGUGGACUCAUAAGCAACUAGGACAGAAAUAUCAUCUUAUGUAGGCUACAUGUGCACCGUUGUACAUUUGCAGCAGUCUGUGUGUAUUUCCUGUAAGCAAAUAUUUGAUUUGUUAUUUGCUGAUUGCUGUAAAUUGCAGUGAGUCAAUUCAGUAUUUAAAUGAUUCACUAUAAAUGGCAGUGAGACAAUUCAGCAUUUAAAUGAUUCACUAUAAAUGGCAGUGAGACAAUUCAGCAUUUAAAUGAUUCACUAUAAAUGGCAGUGAGACAAUUCAGCAUUUAAAUGAUUCACUAUAAAUGGCAGAGAGUCAAUUCAGCAUUUAAAUGAUUCACUAUAAAUGGCAGAGAGUCAAUUCAGCAUUUAAAUGAUUCACUAUAAAUGGCAGAGAGUCAAUUCAGCAUUUAAAUGAUUCACUAUAAAUGGCAGAGAGUCAAUUCAGCAUUUAAAUGAUUCACUAUAAAUGGCAGAGAGUCAAUUCAGCAUUUAAAUGAUUCACUAUAAAUGGCAGAGAGUCAAUUCAGCAUUUAAAUGAUUCACUAUAAAUGGCAGAGAGUCAAUUCAGCAUUUAAAUGAUUCACUAUAAAUGGCAGUGAGUCAAUUCAGCAUUUAAAUGAUUCACUACAAAUGGCAUUGAUUCGGCUAAGCCCUUAAAUGAUUCCAUUUAGCCAUAAAAGGCUAAAUUCAAGGAGUAAUUGAAUAAAAGGAAUUCAAUUCCACUUUUAAAUGAUUCACUUUACAUUUCAUUAAUUUAGUUUAGCUGUGACAUGAUGCUCUGUGAAUGGCACAGAGUCAGUUCAGUCUUGACAUGAUUCACAAUAAAGUGAAGCAAAGAGUC